UGUUCCUCCCUCUUAUCACUGGAUUCAUUUAUACGCACAUACAAUUUCCCCCUUUAAGUAUGGGUCGACCAUCAUCAGCAAUCGAAAUCCCAGAGCCUCGACACCGCCGAAACUCACCGGAAUCCGAUGAUUCCGGCGACCGUUAUCGUCGCCGUCGAAACCGCAGCCCAUCAUACGCCAGAUAUUCGCCGGAGGUUCGUCGUCGACGAUCGUAUUCCCCUGAUUUCGCCGACGAAAGAAGAAGCAGCCGAAGAAGAAGCCCUAGCCGUAGUCGUAGCCCCGAGUUUCGUAAACCUAGAAUCGAAAAUUACAGAAGAGAGAGAAACGGUAGGGUUCCAGAUGAAGAAUCAGAUGAGGAACUGAGAGGUUUGAGUUUCGAGGAGUAUCGGAGGCUUAAAAGGCAGAAAUUGAGGAAAUCUUUGAGAAAUUCGUUUUGGAACGUUACACCUAGCCCUCCUCGGACGGAAAACGACGCGUUUUAUGAUCGAGAAGAAGAGGAGGAGGAGAAAGAGGUGAGAGAGGAAGGUAAUGGUGAUUUGAGGAGAGAGAAACCGCUUCCUAGGUCUGCAAGUUCGAAUUCGGAAUCGCGAAGUUCGAGUUCUGAAUCGGAAUUUGAAGGUUCUGAUAGGAGGAGAAGGAAGAAGAAGAGGAUGAGCAAACGGAAGAGUAAGAGUUCGAGUUCGAGUUCGAAACGAAGGAAGAGUAGGAAAUCUUAUGAUUCAGGUGAUGAUGAUUCUGAUAAGGGAGAGAGUGAGGAUGAUUAUUCAAGUGAUGAGGAUGAGGAGAGAGAUAGAAGGAAGCGGAAAUCGAAGUCGAAAUCGAAAUCAAGGAGUGGUAGGAGAAGUAGCAGGAAGAAGAGUAGGAGUAGCAGAAGAAGAAGAAGGAGAGAGAGUGAUUCUGAGGAUGACAGUGAAAGUGAUAGUGAGAAAGAUGAAGCCAAGGCGAAAUCGAAGAGGAGUAGCAAGAAGAAGAGGAGCAAGAUUGAGAGUGAUAAUGAGAUUGAUGAGGUUAUCAAUGGUGUUUCAGAGAAAGAUGAGAUAAACGACUUGGAGUUGGCAAAUGUGGAUGAGAUAAAUCCUGAAGUGUUGGCGUUUAAGGAGAUGUUGGAGUCUCAGAAGAAGGCGGCAGCUUUGGUAAACGAGCCGCCUGUAGGGCCACAGCCAUUGCCGAAAGCUGAAGGGCAUAUUAGUUAUGGAGGUGCACUUAGGCCUGGUGAAGGUGAUGCCAUUGCGCAGUAUGUUCAACAAGGGAAGCGUAUCCCACGUCGUGGAGAAGUGGGACUUUCAGCUGAUGAAAUUUCGAAAUAUGAGUCACUUGGGUAUGUGAUGAGUGGUAGCAGGCAUCAGAGAAUGAAUGCCAUUCGUAUUAGGAAAGAAAACCAGGUUUAUAGUGCGGAAGAUAAGCGCGCUUUGGCUAUGUUUAACUAUGAAGAGAAGGCCAAACGUGAGUCUAAGGUUAUGACUGAUUUGAAGAGGCUUGUACAGCGUACAAUUGGUGAAGAGGUCGAUCCUAAUCAUGAUCCUUUUGGUGCCAAGGAUGGUGAUGAUGCUGAACCGUAAUUGAUUCAGGAGUAUAUUCCAAACUUGGUAACCUCAAUUAUAGAACUUGGUAACCUCAACUAUAGCAAGAUGUGAUGCAAUCUUGAAGGUGUUUGAAUUUGCUGAUGCAUUUGCUGCUUGCACAUACAACAGCAAACUGUGUUCAAGCCUUCAAGGUUACUGUACUACAAACACCGUGAACUUUUUGAUCCAGUAUGAAGCUGUAAUGCCUGCAGACUGCUGCUGUAGGCACAAGUGGUGUGCUUUAUAUGAUAUUUAUACACACGAGAUAUUAGAUCAGAAAUUCAGAACUGUGUCACAGAAAUCUCCUUUCUCUGAAUGUACGGUAUUCUUGGCUUUGGCUUGGAGUGUCUUGUUUCUAUGUCUUGACGAAGAGGCUUAUUUUCUGAUAAAUGGCAGCAUAUUAAGAGGCUUAUUGAGAUGCAAGGAAGUCUUUGACUACAUAUGAGGUCGAACAGUUCUGUUCAUUAUACUGGAAGACUGUCCGAAUUUAAGUCUUGUAGAAGUAGUAUCUUCUGAGCUCAACACUACGGAGCGUUGUUGUAACUGAGAAUAGAGUUUGACAAUUUUUUACCAAGGUGAUUUACCGUUAAGUUUGACAA